AUGAAAUCCAAGAUCACAUAUGUUGAUGGCGACGCAGGCGAGAUUGCCUACCGAGGCUUUCAUGUUGCUGACUUGUAUUACUCCGGAAGGCCGUUUGAACACGUCGCCUUCCUCCUCAUCUUCGGCCAUCUCCCAAGUGAAUCUGAGGCGGUGGCGUUUAAUACUUCGAUUGCCACUUCUAAAAUGCCACCACAGGCCAUAUUCGACACGAUCAACAACCUUGCGCCUGAGACGCAUGGCCCAACAGCCAUUGCCGCCAUCCUAACCCUAUAUAUAUCUCUGCACCCUGAGAAAAUUCCAGCACACCGUGGCGAGAAUCUCUACAAAGGUAACAUGUCCGCUGUGGACAAUGAAAUCCUGCAACAGAUCUUCACCGUCUCUGUAAUUGUUUCGGCAGUAUUCUGCCGCCUCCAUGGCCGCGAGUUCGCCCCUCCCCGGCAUGAUUACUCGUACAUCGAGAAUAUCCUGCACAUGAUGAGGUUUGUAGAGCCAGCGACCGGAAAGCCUGAUACUCGAGUUGUCAAGCUGCUCAGUCGCACCAUGAUACUCAUGGCAGACCAUGAGAUCACCAACUCUGCCUCGGUGCUUCUCAGCGCGGCGUCCACGCUGGCAGACCCCUACUCGUGCUGCGCCGCCGCAACGCUUUCCGGCAUCGGUAUCCUCCAUGGCGGUGCCAUCGAGGUCGCCUAUAAGCAGCUCGAGGCUGUGCGUGACCUGAAGGAGGUCCCGAUGCUCAUCGAAGCAGUCAAGUCAGGCAAGAUAAGGCUCUUUGGGUACGGUCACCGAAAGUGGAAACUACCGGACCCGCGAUCAGUUCUCUUCCGUGAACUGAUCGCCGAAUCUAUGCAAGACAUCGAGUCCCUUAGAGACGACCACCACCUCGCCGUCGCCCUCGAGAUUGACCGCAUUGCCUCCCAGGACCCAUACUUCAAGUCACGCAACCUGUGCGCAAACGCAGAUCUUUUCCUUAGCUUUGCAUACAAGGCCAUGGGGAUUCCUCCCGACUUCAUCCUGCCCAUGACGCUGCUCAACAGGAACCCGGGAUACGUGGCACAUUGGCGGGAAGCUAUGGCCGACCCCAAGCCUCGCAUGUGGCGGCCGCUCCAGAUCUACGUGGGAGAAAUCCCGCCCCAGAAGCAGGAUUAUGACUUGGAGAAAGCCCCGGUGGCUUCCAGAAGCCUGUGA